GGGGGCGAUGGCGGUGGGGGGAGGUGCGGGUGGCCGGCCGAGGCCCGCCGCACCGGCGAGCACCCAGCCGCCCGACAAUCCCGAGGUCAACGUGUCUGUCCGUAGCGCAGGGGGCGGGGCAGGCCGUCUGUCCGUCUGUCUGGACGCCGAGGGGCGGGAAGACUCGCAGGGGGCGGAGUUUUUCAGCCAGUCUGGAGUUGUGCGAGGUCAGCUGGUGGGAAUUUGUUCAUCUGUCCGGGAAUGCGGAAAAGAGGUAACAAGUAGUACCCUUCUCCAGCUGCCCUCUUCCUCAGUGUUGAUCCCCUGCCGCCCAGUGCUUACCUCUGUGGCCCUUAAUGCCAAUGUUGUGUCCUGGAAGAGUCGUACCAAGUACACCAUUACGCCAGUGAAGAUGAGGAAGUCUGGGGGCCGAAACCACACAGGACGAAUCCAAGUGCAUGGUAUUGGCGGGGGCCACAAGCAGCGUUAUCGCAUGAUUGACUUUCUGCGGUUCCGGCCUGAGCUGGAAACAAAGCCAGGACCUUUUGAAGAGAAGGUCAUCAUGGUCCGCUAUGAUCCCUGUAGAUCAGCAGACAUAGCUCUGGUUGCUGGGGGCAGCCGGAAACGCUGGAUCGUUGCCACAGAAAACAUGCAGGCUGGAGAUAUAAUCCUGAACUCUGACCACAUAGGCCGAAUGGCAGUUGCUGCUCGGGAAGGGGAUGCACAUCCUCUUGGGGCCUUGCCUGUGGGAACCCUCAUCAACAACGUGGAGAGUGAGCCUGGCCGGGGGGCCCAGUAUAUCCGAGCCGCAGGGACAUGUGGUGUGCUGCUUCGGAAAGUGAAUGGAACAGCCAUCAUCCAGCUGCCGUCCAAGAGGCAGAUGCAGGUUCUGGAAACGUGCAUGGCAACAGUGGGCCGGGUAUCCAACGUUGAUCAUAACAAACGGGUCAUCGGCAAGGCUGGGCGGAACCGCUGGCUGGGCAAGAGGCCUUCCAGCGGGCUAUGGCACCGAAAGGGGGGCUGGGCUGGCCGCAAGAUUCGACCAUUGCCUCCCAUGAAGAGUUACGUCAAGCUGCCUUCGGCAGCUGCCCAAAACUGAUAUCCCUGAAUUCUAAUAAAAUCGCUCCUAUUUUUA